CAAUCAGCUUUGAAAGUUUUCAGUGGAAAAUAGUUUGAAUUCGUUUGCUAGCCAAGUUGCUAACGUGCGGUGAAAAUUUCGUGUCGUGUUUUCAUUGCCCUGGCACACAUCAAGAAUAAAGCAUGGAUAAUUAUAUGAAAAGACAGAUGAUAGAAAAUGACGAUGUUUUCAGGAAUACGUUGGAGCGUAUUGUUCAAAAGUAUUCCAGAGUUGAUGGUUCGGGAAUGGAAGUGUGUUUGAAGUCCAUGACUUGCCGGACUGAAAAAGGCAUCCUACCGUGGGAUGGAGAAGUAGUUGAACGACAGAUGGAGUCCCUGAAGAACAUUGCAGAUUCCACGGGAAAGUCGGCCAGAGGACAAGACAUCAGUGCAGAUAAUCAGCAGGACGACUCCCAGACCUGCAGCAACAGCACUUCUGUUUCUGUGGAAACGGAGAUGGGGAGAAGCUCUGAAAAUGUGUCCUGGGAGUCUGGUCCAUAUGGCUCUCACCUGAUGUCCAACGCAGUGAGUGACUCCAGCCUGCAGGGGGAGCUAGCGCAGCCAGAGGAGCAGGAUGAGGAGCUGGAGCGCACGCUCAGCAGCCAGGGCACCUUGCUCCUGGACCUGUAUCCCAGCAUGCUCAGCCAGGUGGGAGAGGCGUGGCGCAGGCAGAAGGUGACCGAGGCAGCGAACGCAGUGAUGCGCAGAUAUCGCAGACGGGGCUGGCGUUCCAGCGCCUCGAAACCCCACCCCCAGAGCAGCGGCCCAAAACCCCACCCCCAGAGCAGCACCUCAAAACCCCACCCCCAGAGCAGCGCUUCAAAUCCCCACCCCCAGAGCAGCGCCUCAAAACCCCACCCCCAGAGCAGCGCCUCAAAACUCCACCCCCAGAGCAGCGCUUCAAAACCCCACCCCCAGAGCAGCGCCUCAAAACCCCACCCCCAGAGCAGCGCCUCAAAACCCCACCCCCAGAGCAGCGCCUCAAAACCCACCCCCAGAGCAGCGCCCAAAAACCCCACCCCCAGAACAGCGCCUCAAAACCCCACCCCCAGAGCAGCGCCUCAAAACCCCACCCCCACGGCAGCACACAAAAACCCCACACCCAGAGCAGCACCCAAAAACCCCACCUCCACAGCGCCCCAAAACCACACCCCUACGGCAGUGCCCCAAAACCCCACCCCCAGAGCAGCGCCCCAAAACUCUACCUACAGAGCCCCACCCCCAGAUCUGCCCAUGAGCCGUGGAGGAGGGGUCUCCACGAAGGAGUGGUGGGACAGAGGGCGGAUCCAAACCUGGUGACGGACAGCGGCAGUUCCCCUGAGGAGCUCACCCUCCUCUCUCACACUUACGCAGUGCUCAACUCUCCCACCAGCCCAGUAGGGGGCACUGCAUCCUCUCCCCUCUGCCUCUACUCCACAGGGGACAGUCCACUCCCUGUGGCCCUGCCCCUGCCCCCCAGAAUCUCCCCUGGCUCCACCCAACGUACACUGCCCCUCUUCCAACGGCGGUCACCCCACCCUUCCCAUCUGAAGUGGGGCUCUCCCUCACGCCCCGCCCCCUUGCCCCAGAGGCCGCCUCCCCCUGAUGGUAGCCCCUCCCAGCCUCCUGUGCCCUGCAGUGUGCUGGCUCAGCGGCGCCGCUCUUUCGCGGGGUUCCAGGCCGUGCGCCAUCAAAUCGACCAGCAGUUUGAGGAGCUGUACCACAGAUUAGUGUGCCAGCGCAAAGUGGCCCUGCCGCUGCCCAGCCCCGCCUCCCCUCUGCCCUCCUCCUCCUCGCUUGCUGCCCUCGCCCUGUCUCCUAUUUGGAUGCGGGUGCGAAAGCGUGACCGGGCCCUGGAGCCCAGCGCGUGGCCGGAACCCAAGCGCUUUCGGGAGGGGUGCACCUGCUCCCCAGGAUCCGUGCGACACCUGCGCCAAAGCUGGGCUGGCUGCUGUGGCUCCAGCAGGCCUGAGGGAGCCGUCCUGCCCCAGCGCAGGAGCCCCGGGACCAGCAGGCUGUGGGGCGGGACUUUCCGGAAGGACCCGUGCUCUGGACUCAGCUGGCAGCUGCACCCCAAUCCAGCUGCCUCAAGAGAAAAGGGUGAGACCCGGACCAGUCUGCCUGAAUUUCAGGGAAAGUCACCUGUAAGAGCCAGUAUCUUCUUGAGGGACUGGCAGAGAGGAUGUUCCCCAAGUUCAUCACGACGACGGCUUCUGUAUGGUCUGCCUCAGUGAGCCUGUUUCUCCUGCUCAGAUCCAGCAUCUAACUGCAGCCUGGGGACAGCUCUCAUACCUUCACCUUCAUCUGUGAUACAUCCUGCCCCGUCACACCUCACUGCACUGAGCGCUCACAUCCUGCCCUGUCACACCCCACUGCACUGAGCGCUCACAUCCUGCCCCAUCACACCCCACUGCACUGAGCGCUCACAUCCUGCCACACCCCACUGCACUCAGUGCUCACAUCCUGCCACACCCCACUGCACUGAGCUCUCACAUCCUGCCACACCCCACUGCACUGAGCGCUCACAUCCUGCCCCAUCAUACCCCACUCCACUGAGCUCUCACAUCCUGCCCCGUCAUACCCCACUGCACUGAGCGCUCACAUCCUGCCCUGUCACACCCCACUGCACUGAGCGCUCACAUCCUGCCCUGUCACACCUCACUGCACUGAGCGCUCACAUCCUGCCCUGUCACACCCCACUGCACUGAGCGCUCACAUCCUGCCCCGUCAUACCCCACUGCACUCAGUGCUCACAUCCUGCCACACCCCACUGCACUGAGCGCUCACAUUCUUUACCUGUGACCACAGGUCUCUGGAAGGGCGUGUCAUUUCCUUUCGGUAUUAUGACAUUGAUAUUUCUACAGCGCAUAUAAUUUUCAUCAGUAACAGUCAUGAUCUCCUCACUGACGUUUUCACUCAUUACUUGUUAUGAAACAAAAUGUCUGUCUAGGUCAAAAAUGUGUGUGAAUACUUUGCUGAAAAACAUUUUAUUUAUAAUAAAAAAUGCAAUUUUUCAAUAUGAA